UGCGUUGCGAAGAUAUUGAAGGAUCUAUAUCUGAGGACAUGAAUGGUCUUUACUUAAAUCAUAGACCAGUCAGCCAUAGUCACAUUCAAUAAAUGCUUCAAGUCCCCGUUCCCCCCUCUCUUUAUCAAUAAACCAGUCCCAAAGAAGCAAUACAUUCAUCAAUAUGCCAAAGAUCGCGAUUGUUGGUGCCGGCAUCACUGGCAUGGCGAUAGCAAGUAUGCUAUCGCGCUCACAUGAGAUAACGAUUGUUGCCCGCAACCUUCCAGGAGAUGCCAACAGCCUGGAAUGGGCCAGCCCUUGGGCUGGUGCUUGUUUCUUGUGUCUAGAUGGAUCCAAUGCUCAUGAGCAGAGGAUGCAAGCUGAUUCACUUGCUUGGCUGUGGGCUCUUGCAGAGAGCCACCCAGAGUCAAGCGUUAAGAGAAUCGAGAUGAACGACUUCCAAGAUGAAACGCCAUGGGAAAAGAUCUGGUACAAAGACUUGAUGCCAGGAAUGCGCAAGAUAUCUCCAGAAGAAUUGCCUGAAGGGGUAAAGCUGGGCAUGAGAUACCAAACAGUAGUUCUGACACCACAUAUCUUCCUUCCCUGGCUUCGGAAGCAAUUGGAAAGAUCCGGAGUCAAAUUCGUGCGUAAAGAGUUAAAGGCUCUGAACGAUCUCAAAGACUUUGGCCACGAUGUGCUCGUCAAUGCCACCGGCUGGGGAUCGAAAUUCCUUACUGAUAUAGCAGAUGAAGGUGUGCAGCAAAUUCGUGGGCAAACAUUGCUGGUAAGAACAAGUUACGACAAGAUUUUCAUGCGGCACGGCAAAGACUAUACGUAUGUGAUUCCACGACUAGACGGCACUGCCAUCAUCGGCGGCAUCAAGCAAAUUGGCGAAACGUAUCCUGAAGUAGACCAGGACAUCAAGGCUGAUAUUCUUCGUCGCGUUCACGAACAUCUUCCCAAUAUAUUCCCGAGCCCACAGGAGACAGAUUUUGAAAUUAUACAGGACAAUGUGGGAUUCCGACCAGGAAGGCCUGAAGGUGUAAGGGUAGAGCAGGAAAUAUUGGGUGGAGAGAAGAUUGUGCAUGCAUAUGGCACAGGAGGCGGAGGUUAUGUGUUCAGCUUUGGUUUGGCUCGUGCUACUGCAACGCUUGUGAAUGACUACUUUUUCAAGAUACCAGUAGCAAGGUUGUGA